GGUCCAUCUAGAUAUUCACUUUUACUAUUAUAGACCUUAUCAACUUUGUUGGAGAAUUUAAGCGAUGGCUUCUACUUCAAACAUUCUUCAACUUCACCAUGUCCAUCUUCUUCCUUCCAUUCAUCCAAUUUCUUCCAUAAAACAAUUCACUAUGAAAUGUACUUCCAAUUCCAUAUCUGAAUCUUCUUCAGACCCAGAAUUCCUAACCCCAAAUUCAGAAACAACAAUUAGCCCAGAAAAAUUCCCAAUUGAAAAACGUCGAAAAUCCGAGAUAAUCCGUGACAGAAAAUCAAGAACUGGGCUAGUAAAGCAAGACCCACCAAAUUUCGAAAUUGGGUGGAAGAGAACAAAGCCGAUUCCAUUAGAGAAGCCAAUUGGGUAUGUGAUAAUGGAUUUUUUGGAGAAAUUGGAGGAGUUAAUGGCUAGGGAUUUUGGGUCGACGGCUUUGUUAGCAAAAGUGGGAGAAAUAGUUGCAGAAAGAGCUAGAGAAGAAGCGGAAGUGUUGAGGGAAGAAGGGAAAGUUGAGGAGAGGAUGGUGACGGAAUUGUACAGAGUUUUGAAGCUAAUGGAGAUGGAUUUAGCUAUGGUGAAUGCUGCUGUAAAAGAAGAAACAUUGAAUGAAAGACUUGAACAAGCUAAAGCACGUUGUAGGCAAGCUAUUCUUGUUGCUAAUUCUUUUUGAGAGCUUUUGCAAGCUCGAAUCUUUUCAAGGUGUUAUAUAAUUUCGAGUAACAUUUGUAGUGUAUCUUUCGUUAACAAACCUGAAUUGUGUUGGGA